AUGAACGAGAAGCAUGGACUGAGUGAGGAUGACUUUGGUGCCAAGGGGAGCAUUGUUAAAGCCUUUGAUGCUUUCCCUAAGUCGAAACCCGAAUAUGUGACGCGCACACCAGGCGGCGGCAAGUGGACCGUCGUUAUGAUCUUCUUCUCCAUCAUAUUUGCGUGGACCGAGUUGGUGCAUUGGUGGACGGGGUACGAGACGCACAAUUUUGCGGUGGAAAAGGGCGUGGCGCACCAGAUGCAGAUCAACCUCGACAUUGUGGUGCGCAUGCCGUGCAGCGACCUGCACGUUAAUGUCCAGGACGCAUCGGGUGACCGAAUCCUCGCUGGAUCGCGACUGCAACGCGACCGCACAAGCUGGAGCCAGUGGGUCGAUGCCAAGGGCAUGCACCGCCUGGGCCGGGACAAUGAGGGCCGCGUCAACACGGGCGAAGGAUGGAAGACGUUGGUACACGACGACGGCUUCGGCGAGGAGCACGUUCACGACAUUGUGAAGGCUGGCAAGAGGCUCGCGAAAUGGGCCAAGACACCGCGAGUCAAGGGCAAGGCAGACAGUUGCCGCCUCUACGGGAGCCUCGAUGUGAACAAGGUGCAGGGCGACUUCCACAUUACGGCUCGCGGCCACGGUUAUGUCGAGUUCGGCGACAGCAAGCACUUGGAGCACGACGCCUUUGACUUUUCCCACAUCAUUUCGGAGCUGUCCUAUGGGCCCUUCUACCCUUCACUCGUCAACCCCCUCGAUCGCACCGUCAAUAACGUCCGCGAUAACUUCCACAAGUUCCAGUACUACCUCUCCGUCGUCCCCACCGUCUAUACCCAUGGCUCCACCACUAUUCCGACCAACCAGUACGCCGUCACCGAGCAGAGCAAGCAGAUUGAUGAGCGAAGCAUCCCGGGCAUUUUCUUCAAGUAUGACAUUGAGCCUAUUAUGCUCGUCGUCAACGAGACUCGCCUCUCUUUCCUCAGCUUCAUCAUCCGAGUCGUCAACGUCGUUAGUGGUGUCCUCGUCGCUGGUCACUGGGGGUUCACCAUUACCGAGUGGGCUCGCGACGUCAUUGGCCGUCGUCGCCGCAGCAGUGGUGGUGACGGUGUACUGGGUGCUAAGCAAGAGGAUUAG